AUGGGAAACCAGAUGAGCAUUCCACUAAGAACUGGAGACCAGGAGCAUGACUCAGGAGCAGACACUUACAAGGUGACGUCAGACAAUGAGUGUGUUCAGAAUGGGAACCCAGUGGUGGUAUCCACUCGUGUGAUUCAGCACUACGAGGAAGUCGACUUGGGGAUAAGCAGCUCGAAGGAUAAUGUGGCUACUUCUUCCCCCAAGACAAUGGAGGUCCGUGCUGUGGCCGAUGCCAGCGGAAAGAAUCUUGGGAAAGAAGCCAAGCCCAAGGCACCAGCUGCUAGAUCCCAUUUUUUCUUGACACUCUCUCGGCCUGUACCAGGACGUCCCGGAGACCAAGGCACGGAUUCAUCGGCUGCAUCGGGGAGGGCAGCGCCUGCGAACAAAGACCCAAGUGAGCACGGGGCACUUCCGGUGGCAGCUGCACCAGAGCAGGCUCCAGAUAAAACCCCAGAGUGCACUGAGGCCAAGCAGCAGACCCUCCCUGCCACCGGCCCGCUGGCACCCUCACCACCUGAGUCCCAGGCAGAAGCCCUGCCCAGGCCCAAGGAUUUCAGCUUUUUGAACAGAUUCUUUAAACUGGACAAGGGAAGAGAAAGUGUGCCAGUUGACAGCCAGUCUGAAGAAGCUAAGGGCUCCGAAGACCAAGAACAGGCCACAGAGGCCCCUGCGGUGCCAGGGAAUCCCCAUGGUGUCUCUGCAGGAGAGGACAUAAUCGACAGCAAGGAGAGAGAGAAAGAAGUGGACACUCUGAGUUAUUCUGUCCCUGGGGAUCAAGAGGUGCUGGGGACCACGAAGGAGGAGCCCCAGGUGGUAGACACCACAGAGAACAGCAGCCCCAUCAUGAGCUUCUUCAAGACACUGGUUUCGUCUAACAAAACUGAAACAAAGAAGGACCCAGAAGACACGGUAGGCACCCCCAAAGCAACCAAGGCAGACAGUGUCUGCGAUGGACACGCUGGACAGAAGAUGUCGGAGACGCAGGCUAAAAGCAAGAAGAAGCGCCUGGACAGCCCCAGGCUAGGACUCUCCUUUAGAAAGUUCUUUAGGCACAAGGAUACUGAGAACUCACCCACUACUUCAGCCAAUCUCAAGUCAGACAAAGCCAACUUCACACCCCAGGAGACCCAAGGGACCAAGAGUGCCAAAGGCUGCAGCCCGCCAGGCCAGGUACCACCUGGGACAACCAGUGAUGCAAGAGAAGGCGGCAAGGAGAAGACAGGGCCCACCUCGUUGCCGCUAGGAAAGCUGUUUUGGAAGAAGUCAGUUAAAGAGGAUACACUUUCCACAGGUGCAGAGGAGAACGCGGUGUGCGAGUCACCAGUAGAGACUGUAAAGUCUGAGGAAGUAGAAUCCACCUUACAAACUGUGGAUCUCAAUGAAGAAGAGACCCAGCCUGAACCCACAGAUGUAAAAGUCAAAGAAGAAAGCAAAUCCCGGAGGACUCCUCUGAUGGCAUUUCUCAGACAAAUGUCAGUGAGAGGGAGCCAAGGGAUCACCCGCUCGGAAGAAAGUAACGGGAAAGACUCCAGCUGCCAAACAUCAAACUCCACGGAGAAGACGCCCUCUCCCCCAGAGCCAGAGCCCGUGGGAACAGCCCAGAAAAGCAAGGAGACCUCCUCGAAGGACAAGAAAUCGGUGGACAAGAAGACAGCGGCUGAGAGCAACAAGCAGAAGAACGGCAAACAAGAAGCCAGAGAACCAGCGCCGUGUGUGCAGCAGCAGCCUGCGGUAGAGGCAAACACGCAGCAGACUGGGGACAAGACCCCAAAGAGAUCUGAGAAGCGGCGACAGUCCCUCGGGGGCUUUCUGAAGGGCCUGGGACCAAAGCGGAUGUUGGAUGCUCAAGUACAAACGGACCCUGUAUCCAUCGGACCAGUCGGAAAAUCCAAGUAA